AUGUUGGGAAAAAGGGAAGGGGAAGAAGAAAAAAGGGGAAAAAGGGAGAAAAAAGGAGGAGAGAGGAGAGGGGGAAAAGAAAAGGGAGAAGAAAAAGAGAGAGAAAAAAAAGGGGAGGGGAGGAAAGGAAAGGAAAAGAAAGGGAGAGAAGCAGAGGGGAAGAGGCAAAAGGAGGGAAAAGGGGGGGAAGAAAGAAAAGGAGGGAAGAGGAAAAAAAGAGAAGAGGGAGGGGAGAAAAGGGGGGAAAAGGAGAGGAGAGGAGGAAAAAAGAAAGAGGAAAGGAAAGGGGGGAGGAGAGGAGGGGAAGAAGGAAGGAGAGGAAAGGGGAAGAGGAGGAGAGGGGGAGAGAGAGAGGGAAAAGGGAGAGGAAGGAGAAGGAGAGGGGAAGAAAAAAGAAGGAGAGGGGAGGAGAAGGAAGGGAGAAGGAACGAGGAGGGAAAGGAAAAGAAAAGGAAGAAGAGGGAGGAGAAGGGGGAAAGAGGAAGGAGGGGAAGGAAAAAAAGGAGGGGGGGAAAGAAGAGAAAGAGGAGAGAGGGAAAAGAAAGGGAGGAAGAAAAAAGGGGGGAAGAGAGAAAGGAGAAAGAGAAAAGGGAGGGAGAGGAAAAAAAAGAA